AAAAAGCUCUCUUGGCUUUUGACUGCACAUCGACUCACAUCUACUGCCAUCUACUCCUCUGAUCUUCAUCUGAAUCUUGCUUGUAUAAUCCGGACCUUUUCCAUUCGUUCGUUUUGACGUCCUUUGACCGUUUGCCUUCCGUCCUUCAGCUCUGUUGUGACGCGAGCUGCAACCUCCUUGAGGCCCUUGCGUUCUCCGUCGAAUCGACACAUCCCUCACCUCACCUCACCUCACUUUAACCUGACUGCUACCCAAACACGAGACCACACACGAUCAAAGAUCAUAGAUCACAGAUCACACGCCCCAUCAUCAUCAACUACCACCACCGCCGUCACAACCCCACCCCUUGACACUUGGACACAUUUUUUGAAGCACCACCACGAUCCAGACAGACGCCCUUACUUGCACCCCUGCCUACAGGCCUCACUGCCAUCCUCAAGUCCGUCGCUUACUUUUGUACAUUCAGCCAAUUCUCCAGGUCAUCCUCGCUGCGGCCCGUUUCUUGACCCUCGAGCGACGUAUCCUCCUCUCGCCUAACCUAUUCUCAGUUCAACUUUAUCCCUUCCAUCAACUGCGCCUCUUGUUCACAUCAUUCUCCAAGAAUGCCUCUCGCGUCUGCCAUUUCGUCGUCAACCUAAUUGUGUGCGAAAUGCUCCAAGAUUGCCUCUUGCACCAUGCGCGAAAACCACCCUACUUCAAUGUUUGUGGCUCCCUUACGAAUUCGUAAAACGCCCUCAGACGGCAACGACAGCGACAAUAACAGCAACAAUGACCACGUCCAGCCAGAUAAUCUUCGUGUCUCUCCCCAUGACCUUGCGGUCUCAGACGACUCGACCGCCAACCCAGGCAAAUUCCAUGACUACCUCAGGGCAUUGUACCCCUUCCAACCAUCUUCACCUCACUCCUCAACCACUGUCACCUUGCCACUCAACUCGGGAGAUAUCAUAUUGAUUCAUUCCAUCCAUGUUAAUGGUUGGGCAGAUGGCACCCUCCUCGACACGGGUGCUCGGGGCUGGCUUCCUACAAACUAUUGCGACGCUUAUGACUAUCCUGCUAUGCGACCUUUAUUGAGGGCCCUGACGGAGUUUUGGGACAUCGUUCGUUGUAGUAGCGACUGCAACUGGAACAUCUUCCGCAAUCAAGAUUAUAUGAGGGGUUUGGUCGCCGGAGUUCGCGCUCUACUCGAGAAAUCAGAUUGUUUGACCCGCGAUUCGACCCUGGUCAAGUCUCAUGAGGAUAUUCGAAGGACAAGGAAAAGUUUGCUCUCCGACCUGGCUCUCCUUGUUCGUACCGCCAAACAGCUUCAACAGGUUAUCUCUACGCCUGUCCCCAGCACGGAUUUGGACAUCAGACUAGACGACAUGCUUUUGAAAGCCUUUCGCAUCGUCACCCGCGCCGCCUUGUUCCUAGAUGUCUGGACCGACCAUCUAACCGUCCUUCUGCCCACUUCGAGCGAGGAGCUUUCUCCCUUGUCACGCUCGAAUCAGCCUUUGCCUCGCCCCGUUUCCGGUGCUCUCGAGAUGAACCCGUCCAUUUCGCAGCAGCAAACACCACCCAACGCUCGACCCAACAGUACAGCUCUCAUCUCUGAAAAAGUCAGAAUAAACUCCCCACGGAAAUCGACCCACGUCAGGAGACAGUCUCUCACUCAUCGCAUGUCAUACUCGGCCCAAAAAGGUCAUCAGAAUCCUAAUUUGAUUUCCGAGCUGCUACACAGGUCCUACGACGACUUUCUGACCGUCCUAGCUUCCUUUUUGGGUUCCCAUAUGCAGUCACGAUCCUCGUCUGAGUUACUGUUGACCACCCAAAAUGCUGUCAGAUCCUGUCGACAUUUGUUCACCGUUGUCGAAGCUGUCAUUGACCGCGAUCACAACACUUCACGUCCCUUGGUCCAAGCCAAGGAUGCCAUGUACUAUGCCAUAACAGAGCUGGUUCAUGCUGCUCGACAAGUCUUCAAACCCCUCCAUUCCAUGGAUGACGAUUUGGUCUAUCUCCCAGACGAAGCUCAUAAUCUUGUUCAAGCAGCGACCGCUUGUGUCAGCGCUGCCGGCAGAUGUGUGGCCAGAACAAAAGCAACCCUAGAAGAAAUUGGUGAUUUCGAAACUGAGAACCUGGGCAAACUUCUGGGUCGCAGCUCAGAGGGCUCAAGUACCCAAGAAUCAAGCACCCGAGACAGGCAAUCGUAUUGCAGUCCCACCACAUCCACACCACUUCCUUCAGAACGACAGUCGACUUUGAAGAAUCCUCGCCUAUCUGUCCCCAUGGGUAUGAUGACUCCUCCGCUGUCCGCCAACACAGCCGACUCUCCAUCCACCUCUUUUGGCAGUGUCCCCGUCACCCCGAAGGAUGACCCCGCUGUCGAUAUCGUUCGAUCCUCACCCGAUCGGCGGUCAGGUCCUCUCGCCCCAAAAUUUGACAGGUCGCUCACAGAGGUUAACCUACACAAGUCGCCCGGCCACAUGCUCGGCGGAAGCACUAGCAGUGAUGGUAGCUUCGACCAACAUAGCCACCGCCUAUCGGACCCUAGUAACAUGUCCUCGGCCUCCACUCGGGUCCCCUCAAUUCACACGACCCGUUCCUUUGGCGAUUUCCCCUCGAAUACCUCUGGCACACACAAUCUUGCGACAGACGACGAUAUUGUCGAAGCCGAGAUCUUGACUCAUACCUAUUCCCAAGAAUUGGUCCUCAACAGAGAAGGCGUUGUAGUCGGAGGCACGUUGAACGCCCUAGUGGAACGCUUGACUGGGCAUGAUUCUACCCCUGACGCACUAUUUGUGACAACCAUGUUUUUGACAUUCCGUCUGUUCGCGAAACCAGAAGAAUUUGCCCAAGCCCUGGUUCGAAGAUUUCAAUACAUCGGGGACUGCCCCACCAUGGCGAACCCAGUCCGACUGAGAGUGUACAAUGUCUUCAAAGGUUGGAUGGAAUCACACUGGCGACAUGACGCUGAUGACACUGCAUUGCCUGAUAUUGUCGGCUUUGCACGGAAUCACUUGGCUUCUGUCCUUCCAAUGGCAAGUCGAAGAAUACUUGAAUUGGCCGAGAAAGUAUCUACAGCUGGUCAACCGGACGUGCCUCGGGUCGUGUCUGUGAUUGGGAGGACAAGCACCUCGGCGGCAACAUAUAUUGACCCCGCAACGCCUUUACCUGCCCCGAUCAUAUCAAAGAGUCAACUUUCAUCGCUCAAGGCUUGGAAGCAAGGCGGUCCUCCUGUCAGUAUUCUUGACUUUGACGCCCUCGAGCUUGCCCGACAAAUCACUUUGAAGACGUCCAAGAUAUUCUGCUCCAUUCUGCCGGAGGAGCUUCUCGCUACCGAAUGGACCAAACGCACCAGCUCGCUGGCCGUCAAUGUUCGUGCCAUGUCAACUCUUUCGACAGACAUCUCUAAUCUUGUUUCUGAUUCCAUUCUUCAACUAGAGGAGCCAAAGAAACGAGCCGCCAUUAUCAAACAGUGGGUCAAAAUCGCCAACAAGUGCCUUGAUCUGCACAACUUUGAUACGCUGAUGGCCAUCACUUGUUCGCUCGACUCCACCAAUAUCAAAAGAAUGAGAAAGACUUGGGAGGCCGUUCCUCAAAAGACCAAGAAUGUGUUUGAGGAGUUGCGGAAAGUCCUCGAUACAUCGAAGAACUAUUCCGCAUUGCGACAGCAGAUGCAGGCACAAGAUCUUCCAUGCUUACCCUUUAUUGGAAUCUAUCUCACUGAUUUGACCAUGGUGGAUUCUGCUAAUUCAUCCACGCGACCUCUGGCCACAAACAAUGGCAAAAUUUCCGUCAUCAAUCUCGAUAAGCAUAUCAAAACCGCCAAGAUCAUCUCGGGCUUACAAGCAUUUCAGUUCCCAUACCGCUUCACCGAAGUGUCUGAAAUGCAAACUUGGAUGCAGGAUCAGUUGAUUCGUGUGAGAUCUGCCGGCGACAAAAGCUUUCAUCUCCAUUAUCGCCGAUCUUUGAUUCUGGAACCAAAGGAACAAGGCGGCAAAUCCCCCAAUCCUGAUGGGGGAGCAAAAAAGGACGGCUUCGAUUUAUUUAACUGGUCCAGCCUUCUCCAGAAGGACAAGACUGUCUCGGUGUCUGGAUGAUGCAGCCGAGCAGCACGAUGUGUCCUUUUAAUGAGUCAUGUUGUAUUUUGCUCUUUUCCUAUGUCAUGACUUUAUGAUACCCUACGGCCGCUUUUUGUUUUUGUUUUGGAAGUUGAGUUUUCUGUCUGGCGGAGUUUGGGGAAGACUAUGGAAGAGGUUGAUGGACGGACUGGUAGAUGGCCAGGAGUCAACUCCCUCAGAAUUUGUUUGUUGUGAUUGGCAUUUAUUACGAGUGCAUGGCUAUGACCGGGUACAGAAAAGUCCCGGCUUUUGGGUCUGACCAAUUGCAGGCUCAGAUCAAGACGCACGCAUCAUCUGAAUCCAGGCCGAUUGUUAUUUGGGAGUGGUUUACCGAUUGACAUUCAGCGGGGGACAAGCAACGGUAUUGCCGCAAGACAGAUGGCAAGAUAUAAGGUAUAUGUGGAAAUAUGUGUUAGUUUUCAGAGCAUAUUAUUGUACAUUCUCAGACCUGGCAUGAACGCAGGACCAAAGAAGACACGAGUUCAGAAGUGGAAUGUCUCGCGACAGGGAUGGGGUAUACCACCAGAUGAAGGUUUAUUAUCAAAUUGUAGUAUGUUGAAGAUGAAAGUCACUGCGUUGGCUCAACAGCAGCA